UGCGUGCCAGUCGCCUUCCAGCCACCGCCCCAGUUACGACCCGAACGACACUUCCGGCGUGCGACGUUCUCUCUUGGUCCCGUCUCUCCUCUUCUCUCGUCUCCUUCCAGUGUCUCAGUCUCCGUUCAGUGCCCGACUCAAGUCGUCGCAAAUCUGAGAUCCGCGAGACUCGAUUUUCCUCCGAACGAAACGAAGCGAAACGAAACGGCGACAUGCUGAUCGGUCUCGUGCGUGAUUCGGUACUCCAGUGCUUCUGUCACAGCUGCAAGGCCCCGCUGGGCAUCGUAGCGGGACAGAGGAGGAAUAAUGCGCCGUUUAAGAAGCCCAGCGGCAAGGGCAAGCCGCGGACCAAGCAGCCGAAGAAGGUGAAGUUCAUCACGACUGAGAUCCGAUGCCAGGAGAAGUCCAAGGGUGGAUUGUGCUACGAGGUGAUCUUGGCGGAGCCGACGGGGCCUAAACGCGCACCCUCGCCGCCGCAGCCGAGUCCGACGCAGCAGACCGCGAUCGAGGACAAGCUGAAGGCCGCCGAGGAACGCAGGUUAUCGAUCGAAGCGCACAAGCUCGCGUCCCUCGCCACCAAGCUCAGCAAGAUCGAAGAGGCGUCCCGCAAGAAGGACGAGCUUAGCGCGGCCUUCAUCGCCGCCACUCGCGAGUCUCUGGACGCUAAGAUGAACAAUACGGAGGAGAAGCGGGAGGCUCACAUCGCCGAGUUGAAGAGCAAGCUGAAGGAGCACUUGGAGGGUGUUGAGAAAACUCGUCUGAGCCUCGAGCAGCAAACCGAAGAGGUGCGAUGCGCCGUUGAGGAGAAACUGAAGACUGCCGCGGCUCAGCGUGAUGAAAAUAUUAAGAGAAUGCUGGAUCGUCUCAAGGAACAUGAGGAACAAGUCGCUCGCGUACGCCAAGGAAUGUCAGAGCGCGUGCAGCAAUUGGAGUCCCAAAUUCAGGGCAAGCUGGAACAGGCACGCGAGCGUCGCGAAUCUAUCGAGCGCGAGCAGAAGGAAAAGCUGCGCAAUCAUAACACGGUGAAGAUAGCGAAAGUGCGUCAGACGGCGGCGCGAGAGCUCCUGGUGAAAAAGUUCGAGUUCGACAAGAGGGUGUCGGCCGCGGAGCUGAAUCGGCAGCGAGAGAUCCAACGUCGCGUGCAGGCGAUUCGCCGCCACCAUGAGAGGCGCGCCGAGAUCGUGAGACAGAAGAAGGCGGCGCAGGACCGUCUGGAUGGCAAUCACGCGGACGAGCCGGUUCUGCCGGUAGAGAACGAGACCGCCAGCUCCGGCUAAAGAUCGCCCGGAAACGCUCGCUUCAAGGCCGCUCGAAUGCCCCGCAAAGGCUCCGUUUCGCUUUGUGCCAUUAUUUUCUGACUCGAAGUAAAACGGGCGGUCGAUCACGCGCAUCGGACCGCGCGUCCAUGCUUUUCGAGCGGAAAGGGCGACGGCGGAAUCGCGUUCUCCCGGCGGUUCCUCGUGUCGCGCGGACAAUACUGCCUUCGUCACGUUAUUCCCACUUCGGCGAUGUUCCGCAUAGCGCACGGUUUCUUGAAUUUCGGAGAGAAACAGCAAGGCAAGUGAUCUUCGGCGUUGUUGCGAAAGUUUAGCAUCGAAAUGGGGGGGGGGGGUUUUGCAUUUUGAAAGGAUUUUAAGGAUGUUGAAAUACUGAAGAUGUAAAAGGAUCUUUGCAAGAUUGAGAUACUCAAUGAUAUUUAGAGUUUUGAAAAGUUUUCAAAAAAUCCAAAGAAUUUUUAUAUUUUUAUUCGUUAUUUAAAAAUAUAGAAAAUACAAGAAUCUACAAUGCAAAAUAUUUUAAGAUCCUUUUUUUAUCGAUAAGAAUAUUCUAAUUUGAAUAUUAAGAAUCAAAGAACUUUCGCAGCAACCUGAAUAAAAUUUUUUCCAAAAAUAUGUGGCCAUUUUUUACAUGAAAGGAUAAUUUAAAAAUUAAACUAAAAAUAGAUUUUAAAACACAUUUGAGGGAUUCAAAGUGGAAACGGCUUAAAAUCACGUAUGUAAUUAUUAUCGUUUAUGUUAACAUUGCAAAGUACAGCAAUAUACUAAAAAUUUUAUUUUAAUCAACUAACCGAAAUAUACAUUUAAGAAAAAGUAAAAAAAAAUAAUUAAAUACAAAGAUUACUCUUGCUUUUAAUCCCUCAUUUAUUAUUAAACAUUUCUUUAUAUAUUGAAUAAUAAUUUAACCAACGACUACGUCUCUUGUUUUCUUCUUUCGUGUCGUUUUCCUUCGCAUACAUUAUCAUCUCAAUCUUGUCCCUGACGAGAGAGAGAGAGAGAAAAUCGGGAAAAGAAAUCUCGGCGAUAGUUAACGAUCGAUUAGGCCGUGAUUAUCGGGUAAUCGUUUCGAAUCGCAACGUAAUGUUUCCCGAGGGAGGGGGAGGAAGAUUUGGUUUGAUAGAAAUUAACAGAUUUACUAUAAAUCACCAUCGCUACAACUUAGAUUCUAAGUGGUGCGACUGCGGCUUUUUCUGUCCGCGCGCGCUCACACACACGCAGCAGAGGAUGCGUGUGUGCGCGCGUGUGUGCGAUGUGUGCCGACGUGUUAAGAGCACACUCAUGAUUAUAUAUAUAAAUAUAAUAUACAUAUAAUUAUAUAUAAUGAUACAUUAAUAAUGAUAAUAGUGCUUUAUACUAGGCUUGAAAACUUGAGAAAACCAUUUUGUACUCAUUGUAAUAUUACUGCGCUAACCGAAAUGAGAUAACAUUCACACGAGACAUGUAGUCUAUAAUGUAAUAUGAUAAAAAUGUGACGCUUCUGUGAUGAAUUUGAUUAUUUGUCAAAAUGUGUAGCGUUUAAGUGCGGGCGGGGGAAUGAAUGAGAGUGUGGUUGCGCGUGCAUGCAUGCGUGAGAAGUAUUAGCAGGAGAAAAACGGAGGAACGUUUUCGUUUCUUCAAGUUGGCACGGUUGUCGUGACCAGGGGAAGUUCGUUCGCAUCAAGGAUCGAAGCGUGGUACGAUGUUGCUGGGCCCAAUCUCGACGCACGAAGUAGCGCCUGUUACAAUCGCUGUUUUUAUUAUACGCUUGCAGAAAAAGGAAUAAAGCAAACUUUAAAAAAAAAA